AUGAUGAAACAAACUUUUUAAAAAUCUGCCCAGCAACCGCGGCUGUAAUCGGGAUGUAUAUUUCCUAUUGGUUGAAUCAUUCUUUCUUGGCCAAUCGUGAGUCUAGUUCUGCAUUCCAUCCGCAGUCCAGUGUAUUGGAAUUCAUUUCAGUCGGGUUGCAAAUGAGAAUGGAGCGGUUCCUGUUUCUUUGUGGGGUCGCUGCUUUUCUGUUGGGGCGCUGCAUUGGCUCCUUCCUGCAGCAUCUCUACCUGGGGGUAUCAGAAGAACACAUCCAGGGCCUGUCCUGGUUCUCUCACUUGGGGUACCUGGAUGACCAACUCAUCACUCGCUAUGACAGCAACACAAGGAGGGUUCAGCCUCAAGUCCCCUGGAUGGAGAAGGCGGAGGAUGCCUUGUACUGGGAGCGGGAGACCCACCAUGCUCGGGAGGCUGAGUACUUCUUCAAGGUAGCCCUUGCGACCAUGGAGAGUCGUUACAACCAGAGUGGAGGGCUUCAUACCUGGCAGUGCCUGGUUGGCUGUGAGCUGAGCGAAGACAGGAAGCAGAAAGGAAGGUUCAUGCAGUGGGGCUAUGACGGGAAGGACUUCAUCAGCCUGGACAACGAGACCUUCACCUGGAGAGCAGUUGAUGAUGCAUCCCGAAUAACCAAGAGGAAGUGGGAGGCUGAUCCAGACAUUGCCAAGUAUUGGAAGCCCUACCUGGAGGAGGAAUGCAUUGAGAAGCUGAAGAAAUACCUGGACUUUGAGAAGGAGACUCUGCUGAGGACAGAACCCCACAUCGUGAUAGUGGCACACAAGGUGGGCCAAGAUGGCUUGGAGACUGUCAUCUGCAGAGCCUUCAGCUUUUAUCCCAAGGAGAUCAAUGCCACCUGGAUGAAGGAUGGGCUGGUCUUGGAGAAGGAAACCCUCCGUGGGGAUGUCCUCCCUAAUUCUGAUGGGACCUACCACACCUGGCUCAGCACUGAGAUUGAUCCCAAGGACAGGGACCACCACUACCACUGCCAUGUGGAGCAUGACAGCCUGCAGAAGCCUCUGGACUUGGCCUGGGCGGACUCUGUCUUGGUGCCUGUGGGGGCCAUUGAGGGAGCCGUCUCGGGGCUCACCAUUCUACUGCUGAUUCUACUGCUGUUGUCCUCUGCAGUUGUCCUCUGUGUCUGGAAAUGGCAGAGAAAGAGAAACACAUACAAACUAGUACAAAAGGAACGACAGCAAGAUGUUUCUCAAACAACCCAAGAAGCAGCAUCAAGUGAUGGGCCCCGGCAACAGGAGGAAGGAAGCCUUUCAUUGCCCUCACUUGACCUCUCUGACCAUCUGCCCAGUAACUGUAAGAAGCUUCAUCUCUCUAUGGACAGUGAAGACACUGACAGGGCUAGCCCUACCAUGAGUCGUCAUGAGGGAAGAGCUGACUCGGGUGAUGCAUAUAUGGAGGUGGCAGGAGGCAUUCCUGCCUCUACCACACCUGUGCUCUCUCACAACCACCUCCAGAUAAUUUCAUUUCCCUCCUCCAGCACAAGAUUUCAACAGCAGGAGGAAGAAGAAGAAGCAGAAAAGGAAGUGAUGGGGAGAAGCAUUUCCUCUUCAUCCUCUUCCGAUUUUCUCUCUCUCCCUCUGCUGCCCUCUCAUCCUGUUGGAAUUACAGAAGGGAGAACAGCAGCAAGGUCUCAGGCCAGGCAACCUGGGAAGAGGUUGUCACUGCAACUGCUGCCAGCAGGGCAAAGACUAUGGAGAGAUCUUACCGCAAUAGGAACACACAAGACUGGUGAAAAUGGGGUUCUUUCAUUGCCCCAGUGAACUAAAUGAGUGCCCUGAAGGAAAAGGAGCUCACGUGCUUGAGGAACACCAACAUUGUGCGAAGUCUUUAUAAUGGCACUGAAGUUAAGAUGAGCACCUCAAUUUGCAAUUUCCAUGGCUUUGGGAACGAGAGUGAACACUGAAAGCAGAUGAUUAUGGAAUAGCAAUUUUGAGUAACUUCUUAUUUUUGGGACUAAAACAACCAUCAUCCCUGGCAACAAUGGCUGAAAACUGGGGAUAAUGGGAGCUGUAGUCCAAAAACAAGAAAUUAACCCAGACUGCUGAAUAACUCUAUUAGACAGUUAACUGAUUUUGAGGUUAUGGGACAAAUGCAGAUGACAAAAAGGUUAUUAUAAAAUGUUCAUUGUACAUUGCUUCAGUAAGUAGAAGAUGAGUUCAGAGACUCAAAAAAUGUAUGACAGAUUAUGUGGGAGAAUGAAAUUUCUGAUUAAAAACAGAAGAAUAUGGCAGAAUGCAAUGAGUUACUCUGUGAGCCUUCAGGAGAAUCAUUUUAAAGUUUUAUGUAUAGAUGGCAUUUUAACUACUACUACGAAUAUUUAUAUACUGCUUUCAACCAAAGUUCUCAAAGCGGUUUACACAAAUAAUACAUAAAUAAGAUGGUCCCCUGUCCCCAAAGGGCUCACUAAUCUAAAAUGAAACAUAAGAUUGACCCCAGCAACACCCACUGAAGGGAUGCUAUGCUGGGGCUGGGUAGGGCCAAUUGCUCUCCCCCUGCUAAAUAAAGGGCUGGCCUAUAUAAUUUCCAUGUGUGGUAGAGUUGUUGGAAUGUUUGGGGAGAGAGAGAGAUCAGCUUGCUUCCCGUUGCCUCUUAAAAUCCUUUCGGAAGGAUACCAAGAAAGUGACAGGAAUGAGUGAUUGAUUUAAUAGUAGCAGCACAAAAAUGUAAAAGGAUUCAGGGUCCAAACACUACCGAUGACUGGAAAGAGUAUUGUCAGUACUAUGGUUAAAUUGACACAUCUGGUUAAAUAUAGGGUAAGCAGACAAAAUGUGAAUGAAGUUAUUCUAGCACAGGAACAUUUACAUUUGUUAGAUCCUUGAAACAAGGAUAUAUAAUACUCACAUGACUAAUUGUGAUAAAGCUUUUGAAGAUUUAUACGUGAAGAUUUAUUUGUAUGUUUUGUAUUUUUGUAUGAUAAAAAUAAAAGUGUGUUUAAACCCUG